GUGCAAGUAUUGAUUAAGCACUCGGCCGACGUCAAUGCUCGGGACAAGAACUGGCAGACACCUUUGCACGUGGCGGCUGCCAACAAGGCGGUGAAGUGCGCCGAAGUCAUCAUCCCCAUGCUGAGCAGCGUCAAUGUCUCCGACCGAGGUGGGCGGACGGCGUUGCACCACGCGGCUCUGAAUGGCCACAUCGAGAUGGUGAACUUGCUCUUGGCCAAGGGGGCAAACAUCAAUGCUUUUGACAAGAAGGACAGAAGAGCUCUCCACUGGGCAGCAUACAUGGGUCACCUGGAAGUUGUUGCCUUACUGAUUAAUCACGGUGCAGAAGUGACUUGUAAAGACAAGAAGGGUUACACCCCGCUUCAUGCAGCUGCAUCCAACGGGCAGAUUAACAUUGUGAAACACCUCCUUAACCUGGGGGUAGAGAUUGAUGAAAUGAACAUCUAUGGAAAUACUGCACUUCACAUCGCCUGCUACAACGGCCAGGAUUCUGUGGUUAACGAGCUGAUUGACUAUGGUGCUAAUGUAAAUCAGCCCAAUAAUAACGGAUUCACUCCCCUGCAUUUUGCUGCUGCCUCCACGCAUGGAGCACUGUGUCUGGAACUGCUCGUGAAUAAUGGGGCAGAUGUUAACAUUCAGAGUAAGGAUGGGAAGAGCCCGCUGCACAUGACAGCUGUCCAUGGGAGGUUCACACGAUCGCAAACCCUCAUUCAGAACGGAGGGGAAAUCGACUGUGUCGACAAGGAUGGUAACACCCCUCUGCACGUGGCUGCAAGAUACGGACAUGAGCUUCUGAUUAACACCCUCAUAACCAGCGGAGCUGAUACUGCCAAGUGUGGGAUCCACAACAUGUUCCCUCUACACCUGGCAGCGCUGAACGCUCACUCGGACUGCUGCAGGAAAUUGUUGUCGUCGGGCUUUGAAAUAGACACCCCCGAUAGCUUCGGAAGAACGUGCCUCCACGCCGCCGCUGCAGGAGGUAAUGUUGAAUGUAUAAAACUCUUGCAAAGCAGUGGAGCAGAUUUUAAUAAGAAGGACAAAUGUGGGAGGACGCCUUUGCACUACGCAGCUGCAAAUUGUCAUUUCCACUGCAUUGAGACACUGGUGACGACAGGAGCCAAUAUUAAUGAAACAGAUGACUGGGGACGCACCCCUUUGCACUACGCUGCUGCUUCCGACAUGGACCGAAAGUGUCUAGAGUUCCUUCUACAAAACGAUGCCAACCCGUCCAUCCAAGACAAAGAGGGGUACAACACUGUGCAUUACGCUGCUGCGUACGGGCACCGGCAGUGUUUGGAACUGAUUGGAAGCAAAACUCCAUUGGAUAUACUUCUGGAAAAAACGAACAACGUGUUUGAGGAAUCUGAUUCUGCAGCUACAAAAAGUCCUUUGCAUUUAGCUGCCUAUAACGGUCAUCACCAAGCCUUGGAGGUACUUCUCCAAUCCCUGGUAGAUCUGGAUAUCAAGGAUGAGAAGGGACGCACCGCUUUGGACCUGGCUGCCUUCAAGGGACAUGCAGAGUGCGUGGAAGCUCUCAUCAGCCAGGGUGCUUCUGUCACUGUAAAAGACCACGUCACCAAAAGGACCCCCCUCCACGCCUCAG